AGCUCAACCUUACUAAUGCCUCAAAGACGCUCCUGCCUCUAAGAAUUGGUUGUCACCAGAUGUGAAGCCUGAGGCCGACUUUUAAGGAAGAAGAUCCUCGGACACAAUUACAAACCCAAACAGCAGGAUUGAAAGCUGCCGCUACCUUAACCAUCGCGAUGAAACAGUCAGUUGGAGCAUGCACCUUUUGGGUGCUGCUCACCCUCGUCUCCAUCGUCGCUGCCACUUGUCACUAUCACUCUCCAGCCUUUCCAGCACCCGAUUAUGGUAAAGAAAGUCCAGAGCUUGAGCAAGCCUUCCGCAAAAUCGAGUCAACCAUUUCGGAAGUUGCGAGUCAAGCCAAGUUCGACAAGUCCUCCUACUCGAUCGAAGUCACUUCGUCAGACGCGACGCUCUGGUCCAGCUUCCAUACGGCAACGGAGAAGGACAUUGAGCGACCAGGAGCUGAGCAGAUCAACGGCAGUAGCGGCUACCGCAUUGCAAGCAUAACCAAGGUCUUCACCGUCCUCGGCAUACUCAAGCAGCAUGCUGCCGGGAACCUUAGCUUGGACGACACCAUCGAUCAAUACGUGUCAGGGUUGAAAGGUCAUCAGUCUGGGGAUUUACCUUGGAAGGACAUCACGUUGAGAUCCCUGGCCAGUCAACUUAGUGGCAUUCCAAGGGACUGGGCACAAGGAGAUCUUGUCAACGAGCUAAAGGACCCUUCUGUCUUCGGUCUUCCUCCAAUCACGACCUCUCAUCUGCCAAAGUGUGACUCUUAUGGGGAGUACGUACCUUGCACCGAAGAUGAAAUGCUGGAAACCAUCCGCGCAAAACAUCCGUUGUUUGCCCCAAAUUACAAGUCGACGUACUCCAACAUCGCAUUCGAGCUGUUGGGCCUGGUCCUCUCCAAUGUCACUGGUCUUCGGUAUGAAAAGUACAUACAGCAAUCCAUCUUGGACCCUCUCGGAAUGAACCAUACGAGUUUUGAGAAACCAUCCGACGAAGUGGCUGUGUUACCCAAGAAUAUAAGUUGGUAUUGGGAUGUUGACGAAGGUGUCCAAAAUCCCACUGGUGGUCUGUACGCCACGUCCUCGGAUCUGUCCAAGUUCCUACGAUACGUCUUGACCCAUUUCAAUGGGAUCACGCCGGCACUCAAUUGGCUGAACCCAGUUUCGUUCGCUACGAGCGUGUACUCUUAUUACGGCACGCCGUGGGAGAUCUUCCGGACAGAUAAGCUACUGAGCGGAAGCCACCGCCCCGUCACUUUUGUUACAAAGGGUGGCGGUCUUCCCGGAUACCGAACAAUCAUCAUGAUAGUUCCAGAGUUCGAACUUGGUAUCACCAUAUUGACAGGAGGAGACACAGACUUGCUGGACUCCCUUCAAGAAAUCGUGUCUGUCUCACUAAUUCAAGCCGCCGACAAGCUCGUCAAGCGUCAAAUCGAGGAGACCCGGACCUCACUCUACAAGGCUUCACAUAUCAACUCUUCACUGGAACUCGCAUAUACUGAGGAGCAAGGUCUGGCAGUUACCAAGUGGAUAUCCAAUGGGACGGACAUGCUUUCGGUUAUUCCUAUUCAGUUCCAGGUUCCUACACCUGGUUUUCAUCUCCAGCUUGUGCCCACGCUCCUCUACCGGGAUCAAAAGCAUCUCUACGGCGAAAUUUGGCGCAUAGCUCUUGUUCUGGACAUGCCGGCCUCAGAGAAUCCUCUCACGAAGGACAUUCCAGUUUGGGAUGACUCCUGCAUAACUGACCUUGAUACUAUGAUGUAUGCCGGGAAGCCUCUAAACGAAGUCGUAUUCUUGGAUAAGGCCCAAGAUGGAAGCUAUGAGACAAUCGAGUUAUCAGCGUUUCGUGUGACGCUGACGCGCGAAGCCAACGGCCAAUUGCAACACGACUUUUUAAACACGCAAGAGCUGUAGUAUGCAAAGCCGAGAGUCUUAGAGACUGCAUCAGCGGUUGGAUGGUGGCCGCUGGAGAGCCAGGAGUCACAACUCCCGCCCUGGCCUCUGAGUGCCACAUCGGCUGAAACACGCUGUUGACUCCUGUCAGGGCCGACUCUGUUGAAACUAGUGCUU